AACGAAACGCCUGAGCGAAAUGAAUCGAAGUGCUCACAACAUCCAGUAAAACUGUAAAAGCAGAGAAAGUGGGUGCAUCGCACAACGUAAAUUCCUGGUCGUUGGAGUGUCCUCCUGUCCAGUCUCUUUAUUUUUAUGUUUAUCAUUGCAGUCUUUUUUAUCCACCAUUUCAUCUCAGGGUUUCUUGCACAACCAAUUCAUCAAUCCUGUUUCAUCACAUUACAAUCAUGAAGCUCAAAGUUGUUAGCCGUGGAGUUGUCUCCGUCUCGCUGCCUCUCCCCAAUCCAGGCCCUGAUAACACCAAUGUUACCAACAACGAUAACAAUAACAUCGGGUGUGACGAGGAGUUCAUCAAGAAAGAAGCCCCUGAUAACGAACAAGGCCUUGUUCUCGCCCUGUUUACUCCUGAUCUCGAUAAAUCUCUGCCUUCUAGCUCCACCACCCCGCCUUGCCAGGGUAAGGCAAUUGUUAAGUCCAGGGACCUCAAUGAUCUCAGACUUACGCUCCCGGCGAAAAGGAAGACCAAGCCUUCUUCUAAAUCUAAGCUUGCAUUAUCUGAUAUGCCGAUAAGGAUUGUGAGGGAGAAGGCUACUCCUCCUCAAUUCAAAUCGGCAACGGUGAUUCGGGCUGAAGAGAUGCAGGCGGGUCUUGGAUCUGAAUUCCCGAGCUUUGUCAAGUUGCUGGUUCGAUCACAUGUUUCCAGUUGUUUCUGGAUGGGCCUUCCUAUGCCAUUUUGCAAGUUCCAUCUACCAAACAGAGAUGUUGUUCUUAUCCUGGAGGAUGAAAAUGGUGAUCGUGCUGAACUGAAGUACAUAGCAGAGAAGACAGGACUUAGCGCUGGAUGGAGAAAGUUCGCUGUUGGACACAAAUUGCUUGAAGGAGAUGUUUUGCUCUUCCAUCUAGUUGAGCCACUGAAGUUCAAGGUAUAUGUAGUAAGGCAAAAUGAAUUGACAGAUGUAGAUGGUGCUCUUAGCCUUCUGAAUCUGGAUGUGAAAACAAAACAACCACAACCAGUAGAGGGAGGAAGUUUCUCUAGACUUAAAACUCUGUUGAUUAGGAAGCGGAAGCGUCCAAGUGCAUCAGCUCUCAUUCAAAAGAAGAACAAGAAAAUGUUGGUGUCAAGAUCAGUACGUGACCUGGGGCAGCUAAGGGAACAAUCUGGGAAUGACAGUGAAGAGUUUGGUUCAGAAGUAUUGGAAGGCUCCAAGUUGUCUAAAACAUUGGUUCCUUUUAAAGAUGUUAAAAGCUUCGAGGACUUCCACAUUGUGGUGAAUGACUUGUGCAUAGAUUCUGAAUUACCUGAGCAUAUAAGGUUGAAGUAUUAUGAGCUUUGUUGCAAGAAAAAUGCAUUCCUUCACAGCCGAUUUCUACCAGGUCUCUAUUCUAAACUGGCUGCUGGUAUCAUUGGUGAAACUGUGAACAUUGCAGAUGCCAUAAAAAGUUGCAAACUCACUACCUCUUGGGAUGAGUUUGCAGUUUGGGAGAAGUCCCUAAAAUCAUUUGAGCUUUUGGGCAUGAAAGUUGGAUUUAUUCGUCAUCGUAUGCAUACAUUGAGGGGACUUGCAUUUGAAACUCAAGGUGCUUCAGACUUCAAAAAUUAUCUAGGAGCAAUAUCUAAACGAAUUCAUGCUGAAGAUGAAAUAAGGAAUCUUGAAGCAAAGCUCGUGGAAUUGAAGGCUGCUUGUGAGAAUUAUGAUGCUGACAUUGAGAUGCUGAGGUCAAAAGCUGAGAAGCAUGAGUCUGAAUUUCAGGAAGAGGUUGAUGCUCCCUGGUGACUGUACCGGAUGAAAACUAAUCUUUGUUUUGUAUGCAUAGUAUGUUUAGAUCAAGAAUAGGCAGAAGAAAACUUUGUGACCUGUGAAAGCUAGCGUUUACUGUAUUUCUGCCCCAUCGUUUAUGUUGUAACUUUGAACAUUUUACUUUGGGCUGUGUUUAAUAUGAUCCUUAAACUUCUCUGA